CAAAGGGUUUGGACACCCCUGCUUUGUAGCAGAGGAGGUGCUUUGGGGAUCAUUUUUGGGGUCAUUGUUGCGUCCAGCAGGACCAUCGUCCCGGGAGCUGCCCCAUCACGAGGGUGGCCUGUUACGAGUCUCCCUGUCCUUCCCUGCAGCCUGGAGGAGGACAUGGAAGAGAACAACCAGACGGAGACCUGGCACCAAAGCCUGCAGGCUGUCCUUAAUACCUUAAACCAGACACUGCAUGGGGUCAUCCUCUGCCCCUCUGACCGCUCUGCCACCACUGCUGCUACCACACAGGACACCCGCACCGGCCACCCCGGCCGGAACGACAAUGCCUACAUGUACAUCCUCUUCGUCAUGACGCUCUUCGCUGCCACGGUGGGCAGCCUCAUCCUGGGCUACACCCGCUCCCGGAAAGUGGACAAGCGCAGUGACCCAUACCACGUCUACAUCAAGAACAGGGUCUCCAUGAUCUGAGCCUGGCCCUAACGCCUUGUCCCCACGGAGCCAGUGGGUUUGGGGUCACGUUGCUGCGCACAUGCCACUGUCUGUGGGAUGUGGCAGUGCUGCUGGCCUCAAAUCUCCUGGGAACCCCCACUGCAGAGAUGCUCAGCCCCAGUGUGAGCAGCACCAGGACAUCCUCACCAGGAUACAGCUCCUGGCUGGCAGGAGCUGGCAGAAUGCAACCCACAGGCACGUCCUGGUCACACAGAUCCACCGCGGCUGAGCCUCGUGGGGACAGGGAUAGUAAAGACAUCUCCUUUCCCACCUGGUGAGGCUGACAGAGGUCUUCCAGGAUGAAAAUUCCCCAUUUUCUGAUGCCUACUGGAUCAGCCAACGUUGACCUCCAUGGGCUCCCAGCAGCUGUGUGACAUGGGCUUUUCUGGUGCUGAAACCCUGUAAUUUUUGAGCUGGGCUAGGCCCUGUUCUUCCGGCAGGGAAUUAAAGGAGGUGAUGGGUUCCAGUGGGAAGAGCCAUGGAGCAGCCUUGUGUGCCAGGGCCAGGAAGAUGGGGCCCUGGGAGGGGAAGGGUGCUGGAUGGGACCAGGCUCAGCUCAGCAACCUUCUCCAAGUUUUACAAAGCUCUUUGUACGUUACCUUCUCUGGAGCUCGUGGUGGCUGAGGUGACGUGGAUUCUCUGGAGUGACAAAGCCUUUGAAGUUAGUGAGAAAGAGAG